CCACAAAAUCAUAUGAUUCUGGAUGCAUUUCGCCACUAUUUGAAAAUAUACAUCGUAGGAAGCCUGUGAGAUGUCGCAGUAUUUUUUAAAUGGUGUCAAAGAUGGAGCAAAUGUCAAGGAGUUCAAUACAUUAGAUGCACCAGUGAAAGAAUUAUUAUUGGCUGCCGUAGAAGCCCGAAAACACGCCUAUUGCCCUUAUAGCAACUUUGCGGUAGGUGCAGCCAUUCGAACCACCGACGGUUCUAUUUAUACCGGAUGUAAUAUUGAGAAUGGGACCUAUACAGCCGGCAUUUGUGCAGAAAGAAUAGCAGCAGCAAAAGCUAUAAGCGAAGGCAAACGUGAAUUUAUUGCCUGUGCAGUUGUUGUCCAACAAGAAGAUUCGCUUACAACACCAUGCGGAGUGUGUCGCCAGUUUUUGGCUGAAUUUGCUGCCAAAAAGGAUUUUCCAAUAUAUAUGGCUAAACCAAUCAGCCCCCCAUUUAGAGUAUUAUGCACUAGUAUAAUGGAGUUAUUGCCAAAAUCAUUUUUCUUUGAAUAGUAGAUGUGUCUAGGUUUACUUAUGCAUAUAGCCGAACUUUAGAAAAUGUUUGUGAUUGUGAUGAUAAUGUUACCCGAUUUUUCAAAAUUUGAUUGAAGAUAUUUUUUAUGCAUCACUUAUUUCUAAAAGAAAUAAAGAAUUCUGUGAUUUCAUUGUUGA